AUGAACAAAGAAGGAAAAUAAGCAUAAAAGCAAUCAAAUGUGAAUAAAGUAAAAUCUUUAUUGAAAGGAAAUACUGAUGAAGAAAUAUUAAAUCAAAUACUACACUAAUUUAUUGCGAAAUAACAGAUAAUAGAGCAAGAAUGUUCAACAAGAAAAGAAGAUUAUGACAAGAUAAUUUUAUAUAUGGGACAGGCAUUGUAGUGUUUGGAGGUUAUAGACUUAAAUGAUAUAUUUAGAUAAAAGAAGUUUACAUUUAAGGCCAAUAGCUUACUAUAAAAUACAUAGCUUUAAGACAAAAUGGAUGUAAAGAUUACAAGAAGAUUUGAAAAUUAUAUGACAGAAAUUUAGAAAAGAAUAGCAAAAUAUGAAAGUUACGAAGAAUUCAUUAAAAAACAUUUUGAGUAAGUAGAACAUUUAUUAUAAGAAAUAGAAUAAAAGUCAAUUUUAACUUAAUUGCUUAAUCUAGAAAUUGAUGAACCAAAGUAGAUAUUAUAAGAUCAAUAAAAUGCCUCAGAAGUAUAGUAAUAAUCAAAAAGCUUAAAGAAUGAUAAAAGAGAUACUUAAAGUGAAAAAAAGAUUUCAAAAGAUAGCAAAAACCAAGAUGAAAAUGAAAGUGAAGAAUUAUAAUUAUUAAAAAAAAACAUCAAUAAAGAAAUGAAGAAUCUAUGCUAAUUAGAAGAAGAAUAUUUCACUAAAUUAGAACUCAUAAAAGACAUUAAAUAGAAUUUUACUCCCUUCAAUUCAGAUGAUAUGAGAUUAGAAUAUUGGAAGAAACGAGUUGGAAUCGAAAUCUGA